AACAACUUCGGUGGUGUCCGACACGGAUUCAACAGCGGCUCCAAUCGCACAUCCCCAUAUCCUCAAGUGCUUGUAUCGAAUUCAGAUGAGCAUCCAUACCAUCUGCCUCCAAUGCGUUUAGUCCCAAGUGAUCCCUGUCUUGAUUGCAGACUUCCGGUAAAAUUUACGGGAAGAGGAGGUGCCAACUCCCGCUUCAUCACAAGCCUCUAGUGAAGAUACGAUCUGUAUGGCCCCGAACUCCAUGCAGCAGGACCCGCUAUACAUCGAAUAUCACCACCGCGCGAGACACAACUUGCCCUUCCGAAGCUCCGUUCUAGAAAUCGAACUCGCUGAAGCUGCCUACAACGUCGUGGAUCAGUAUGCGAGAGUAGCGAUCAAUGACCUUCUGAAUGCGGAGCCACCAACUGAAAAUCAAUGGCCAAAAGGACACCGCAUUUCGGGGGCCAACAACGCCAGCACCAAUUUCAAUGAAUCUGGACGAGCUAGAACAAUUUCCUCGAUUUCGUCUAUGUCCAUCAGCUCACUUGCCACCGUUCAUCCCGCGCUGAGCAUUGCCGAAGAAUGCGUGUCUCUCAUUGCCAACUUGUACUACACCUGCAGGGAAGCCACGGACUCGUAUAUCUCCACGCUUCGCCCCGCCCGUCGUCAUUCUUCUUGCUCUACCCGAUAUCACCACCACCCUUACAGCCAGUCCCAGCGUCCUGGACAACAAGCUCACCAAGGUAGAUCACCAACACUAAUGGACAACAUCUCCACAAUCUGCACUCACCUCUGGCGAAAAGCAAGGAGCGAUGUCCUAGCUCCGCGCAGAGAGGAGGCAAAAGCAGUACGGGAUAUGCGUGAUUUGUAUGCUUGGGGCGAAAUUAUUUCCCGUGUUUCUCAGAGUGAGGGUCUUGAUGGGAAUGGUAUGGAGUGGGAAAGUGCUAUGGGUAGUUUUGACAGCGGUGGUGGGAGUGAUGUCUGGGCCAUGGUGGGAGAGGCGGGGAAUAAUUUGUGUGAGUGGUUGGGGAAUUACGAGGCUUUGCUCGUUUGUAAUGGAGUUGUGAGGGAACUGAGAAGGUUGAAAGAGAAGCAAGGUGGUGGAGGGAGCGCCGAGUAGUUUAGGUGUAUUUUGUAGGGAGCUGGAGUCUUACACCGGCUGAACCUUUUGCUUUUGCAGACGAAAU